UAACAUCUUACUAAGUAGUUUUCUAUAAAUAACUAGCUAAAAUGUUGAAUUAUAUUUUAUUACUCACAAUUUUUCUUUUUCUGGUUACAAAUAACGUUAAAAGCGACUCAAUAGGAAAUAAUAAUGACGUUAAUACAACUAUAUGCCCGGAAAAAUUGAAGAAACAACAAAAUCCCAGAGCAAAAAGACAAGUUUACAGUUAUUCCGCUUUAGCGGACUUGAUAUCGAGCUCCAGCAAACCAAGUUUGGCAACAUCGACCAGUAACUAUGCUAAUAACUAUCAAAUUCCAAAUAAUUAUCAAAUUACUGCGAAUUCCGGUGUAAAAUCUGAUCCAGUAAGGUCAAGUUCAUCGAAUUUGGGCAGUAGUUACGUAAAAUCUUAUCAACAACCAAAAAAUCCGGCUAUUUCAUAUCAAAACAGCUACCAAAAUUCAAAUAAUCAGUAUUUAACGCGCCAUUAUCCGAACGGCCAAGCGUACCAACAGUAUUACCAGCAAAAUCCCCAGAUUCAAAAUAAUUUUUAUCGGAAAACGUACGAGAACGGUGCGAAAUCGUACGGAGGAAUUAGAAAUGAAAAUGUGUAUUCGAGAAAUAAGGUAGCCAAUAGAAGACAAUUUCAAAAUGCACCGGUAUCUACAGCAAGACCAACUAGAAAGAAUACGAUCAAAAGAAAAUUUAGGCCUAUGCCCGUUUUUGCCUAA